AUGUCCAGUACACAACCAUUGCUCAAGUUCAGCGACACCGGCGACGAACGGCUGUACUUCCGGAAAUACUGUGCACUCCCCACAAGAGACGCGUCCACGUUCCGCGUGAUUGACCACAAUAACAAAGAUUACUUCACGGUGAUCAAUGAAGAUGCCGACUUGAUUGCUGACAGUGUGUACAAGACGAGCUCUGUGGUCAAGACGUCUGCCGCCCAGAAGUACCGGUACGUGACGAUCUCACCGCAAGUGUUCACCAACACGGUGCUUCGUCUUUUACUCAUUGACCGCAACAUGCGCGUAGAAAUUUAUUCACACAAAACUUUUGAGUUACUUGUCCAGGCCACUCCGGCCAACUAUGAACGAUUGAGUGCCGAAUAUGGCGUCAAUUUGGAUGCCAUGCAACCUUCGUACACCUCGCCCAUAGUCGCCAGUAUCAAGCUAUCUACCGUGGCAGGAGGUGUUAAGAAAUUUGGCUGUUGCUUUGUGGACGUUCUGGGCAAGAAAAUGCACGUGACCGAGUUUGUAGAUAAUGAAGUGUUUCUGAAUUUAGAGUCAUUAAUUCUUCAAGUUGGGAUCAAGGAGGUUGUUAUGGUGGGUAGUGGUGCUGGUGCUGCUGGUGCCAGUGCGGACAGUGGCCCUGUAGAUGUAGAACUUGCCAAGAUUGUCCAGGUGCUUGAUAAGACGGAUGUGGUGGUGACGUUUGUCAAGAACUCGAUUUUCAACGGGAAGGACAUUGAACAAGAUCUUGGGAAAUUGAUCGAGAUGAAGGAGAACCAAAACAUUGAGCUUGUUCUUGGGUCUCGUGGGAUCAACAGUGUAGAGUAUGGACAAUCAUUGGCCUGUUGUGCUGCCCUCAUUCUGUACUUGGAGUUGCUCCAAGAUGGAGAGGCCCAGGGAUCUUACACCAUCGAUAAGUACGACUUGGGGGCCUAUAUGAAGUUGGAUAGUUCCACCGUGAAGGCCUUGAACGUGUUUGCAAGUGCAGGAAGUGCUAGCGGCGCCGGCCCGGGAAAUGCCAAUACCGGCAGUGCUAGCACGAUCUCAUCGAUUUUUGAGCUUUUGAACAAAUGUAAAACAGCAGCAGGGUCUAGACUUCUUUCACAAUGGCUCAAGCAACCCUUGACGUCACAUGUGGCCAUUACAGAACGUCAACUACUUGUGCAGCAGCUCAUUGACGAUACUUCGCUAAGGGUGUACAUCACCAAGGAUUUCCUCCCACAGGUUCCUGACGUGAAACGGUUGGUCAAGAAGAUCAAUAUGGGGAUCAAGAGAGCUUCUUCCAAUGAAAAUAAGAAGUUGGAGGAUGUGGUGAGACUUUAUCAAUUGGUGGUUGCGCUUCCCGAGUUGGUGAGUGUUUUGAAGCUGACAGUGGAAGAGGAAACUACUGCUAGUGACAGCAGCAGCAGCAGCAGUGCACUUAUCAAGGAGUACUGGCUCAGCCCCAUUGAACAGUUCUACGAAUCCUUGGUCAAACUUCAAGAACUUGUAGAAACCACGGUGGAUCUCAGUCCCUUGUCAAACGGACUGUCGAGUCUUUUCAACGAUUUCAAUAUCAAGCCAGAGUUCGAUGAGUCAUUGAUCACCAUCAACGAUAAAUUGACCGCCACGGUAGACAAGAUCAAGGAAUGUCACAGUGAAGUUGGAGAUGACUUGUGUAUUGAUACCGAGAAGAAACUCAAGUUGGAGAACCAUGCGCAACAUGGAUGGUGUUUCCGGGUCACUAGAGGUGAUUCUGCCAUUCUCCGGAACUCUUCACUGUCCCUGAAGAAAUAUAUCGAGCUCCAAACGGUCAAGGCGGGGAUUUUCUUCACCACCAAGGAGCUCCGUACCCUUUCACAACAAUACCAAGACUUCUCCAGUGAAUACAAUUCCAAGCAAAAGGAACUCAUCAAGGAGAUCUUGGUGAUCACUCUCACGUACCAAAACGUUCUCAACCAGCUUGCCAUGGUGUUGGCCCACAUGGAUGUGCUUGCCGGGUUUGCCCAUGCAGCCAUUUUUGCAGCCAUUCCGUACGUCAAGCCCAUUUUGCACCCAUUGGCGGCUAGCGAUGAUAAGUCCGGACCCGAGUUUGAAGCUCGUAAAUUGAAGCUUGAUGCGGCAAGACACCCGAUUUUGGAAGUGCAAGACGACAUCAAUUUCAUUGCCAAUGACGUGAGAUUGGGGAGAAACUCUGAGGAGAAACCUUUCAACAUCAUCACCGGACCAAACAUGGGUGGUAAGUCCACCUAUAUCCGUCAAAUCGGAGUUAUAUCGCUCAUGGCCCAAGUGGGGUCAUUUGUCCCCGUUGACGAGCUGUCGGAACCUGAAUUGCCAAUCUUCGAUGCUAUCCUUUCCAGAAUUGGGGCUGGAGAUCUGCAACUCAAGGGGUUAUCGACAUUUAUGAUUGAAAUGUUGGAAACCUCUUCAAUUUUAUCGACUGCCACCCACAACUCCUUGAUCAUAAUCGAUGAGUUGGGCCGUGGGACAUCCACGUACGAUGGGUUUGGCCUUGCCUGGUCCAUCCUGGAACAUCUCAUUACUGAAAUGCAAUGUUUCACGCUCUUUGCCACUCAUUUCCAUGAAUUGACCCAAUUGGCUGCAAAAUAUACCAAUCAAGUUGAGAACUUACAUGUGGUGGCACACGUGGAAGAAGGGGCUGAGGCCGCCAGUAAUGACGACGACAUCACCUUGAUGUACCGCGUAGAGCCAGGUAUCUCCGACAAGUCAUUUGGGAUCCAUGUGGCGGAAUUGGUCAAGUUCCCACAAAAGAUUGUCAACAUGGCCAAACGGAAAGUUUCAGAGCUUGAGUCAACCACCGACGACUCGAUCAUUGAGAACAAGAAAUCAAAAUGCAGCGCAGAAGAGGUUGCCACUGGUGUCGAUCAAUUGAAGGCCAUCCUCAAGAAGUGGAGGCUGAUGGCUGCGGGAAAGAGUGCCGACGACGCGGUGGAGGUGUUACGAAAAUUGGUUCUGGAAGAAUAUAAGGAUACUAUCAAGGAAGAUAAGUUUAUUAGUGAAGUAUUAGGUAUGUUAUAA